UUGUUGUUAUUCAGAGGUCGCCGUACAUCUCGUCGCCAGGAUGAUGCAAGCCCCCGUCAUGGUCCUCAACACCAACACCCAGCGUGAGACUGGUCGCUCUGCCCAGCUCGGCAACAUCCAGGCCGCCAAGGCGGUCUCGGAGAUUGUCCGCACGACGCUCGGCCCGCGCAGCAUGCUCAAGAUGCUUCUCGACCCCAUGGGUGGUAUUGUCAUGACGAGCGACGGCAACGCCAUUUUGCGCGAAGUCGAUGUCUCCCAUCCAGCCGCUAAGAGCAUGAUCGAGUUGAGCCGCGCGCAGGAUGAAGAAGUCGGCGACGGCACCACCUCGGUCAUCAUCUUGUCGGGUGAAAUGCUCGUUGUCGCCGAGCCGUUCCUCUCGCGCCAGGUCCACCCCACGGUCAUCAUCCGUGGCUACCACCAGGCCCUGCAAAUGUGCUUGGAGACGUGCAAGCGCAUGGCCAAGAAGAUCGAUGUCCAUGACAAGAUUGCCAUGCGCAACUUGAUCCUCUCGAGCGUUGGCACCAAGUACUCGCCGCGCGUCGGCAACAUUGUGAGCGACUUGGCCUUGGACGCGGUUUUGACGGUCAUGCGCACGAACCCCCACACGGGCAAGAAGGAAGUCGACGUCAAGCGCUACGCCAAGGUCGAAAAGAUCCCGGGCGGUGAGCUCGAGGACUCGCGCGUCCUCUCGGGUGUCAUGUUCAACAAGGACGUGACGCACUCGAAGAUGCGCCGCCACAUCAAGAACCCGCGCGUCUUGCUGCUCGACUGCCCGCUCGAGUACAAGAAGGGCGAGUCGCAGACGAACGUCGAGCUCACGAACGAGCAGGACUGGAACACGCUUCUCCGCAUGGAAGAAGAGUACAUUGAGCAGCUCUGUGCGCAGAUCGUGGCCGUCAAGCCCGACAUUGUCAUCACGGAGAAGGGCGUGAGCGACCUCGCGCAGCACUACUUUGUCAAGGCCAACAUCACGUGCUUCCGCCGCCUCCGCAAGACGGACAACAACCGCAUCGCUCGCGCGACGGGCGCCACGAUCGUCAGCCGCGCCGAGGAGAUCCAGGAGAGCGACAUUGGCAGCAAGUGCGGCGUCUUUGAAGUGCGCAAGAUCGCCGACGAGUACUUUGCCUUUUUCGAGGACUGCAAGGACCCCGGUGCCUGCACGAUCCUCCUCCGCGGUGGCUCCAAGGACGUCCUCAACGAGGUCGAGCGCAACCUCCAGGACGCGCUCCAGGUCGCGCGCAACGUGGUGUUCGAGCCGCUUCUUCUCCCGGGUGGCGGUGCCACCGAGAUGCGCUUGGCCCACGAGCUGCGUCAGCGCGCGCACGAGAUUGAAGGCGUCGAGCAGUGGCCGUUCAAGGCGGUCGCGGAGGCCCUCGAGGUCAUUCCCCGCACGCUGCUCCAGAACUGCGGCGCCAGCGUCGUCCGUGUCAUGACGGCGCUGCGGGCCAAGAUUGCCGAAAACAACGGCGGGUACGCAGUCGACGGCGUCAAGGGCGCGGUCGUGACGACGGAAGAGCUCGGCGUCUGGGAGCCGUACCAGGUCAAGACGCAGACGAUCAAGACGGCGGUCGAGGCCGCUUGCAUGUUGCUGCGCAUCGACGACAUUGUCUCGGGCUUGGCCAAGAAGAAAUAGGUUUAAUACUACGUCAGGAAAAAGGAUUAUCAGCAGAGAAUAUAUAGGCACCAAAAUCGUUCUUGG